AUGGCUGAAAGUGGAGACAGCGGUCCAUCUGAGGGGACACCUGCUGCAGACACGUACCCAGGGAAGAUCCUCGAGUACAUGGAAGGAUUCCUCAUCUCAAAGACGGUCUUCACCUCCUGUGAGCUCGGUGUGUUUGAUGCGUUGCUGGGUGCAGAGCGCCCUCUGUCUGCUGAAGAGAUCAGUGAGGCAGUGGGAGCCAGUCGGGAUGGCAUACAGAGGCUGCUGGCUGCCUGCACCGGUCUGCAACUCCUCAAUACGCACACGGACAAUGGACAAGUCUUGUACAGUAACACAGAGCAGGCCAGAGUCUACCUGACGCGCUCCAGCCCUUUGUCUCUCUACCAGUCCAUCCAGUACAGCUCCAGAACCAUCUACCUAUGCUGGCACUACCUGACUGACGCAAUCAGAGAGGGAAGGAAUCAGUAUGAAAAGGCUUUUGGAGUGAGUUCAGAGGACCUCUUUCAAGCUCUCUACAGGUCUGAUGAAGAGAUGGUGAAGUUUAUGCAGUUAAUGAACUCCAUUUGGAACAUCUGCGGUAAAGACGUGGUCACAGCCUUUGACCUUUCGCCUUUCAAGAUUAUAUGCGACCUUGGAGGCUGCAGUGGAGCAUUAGCCAAGCAAUGCACGUCAGCCUACCCAGAAUGCACUGUGACGAUCUUUGACCUCCCCAAGGUGGUGCGUACAUCGAGGGAACACUUUGUCACCGAGACCGACCAGAGGAUUAGCUUCCACCAAGGGGACUUCUUCAAAGACCUCCUGCCAGAGGCUGACCUCUACAUCCUUGCCAGAAUCCUCCACGACUGGCCCGACGAGCGCUGCAUAGAGCUACUCAGUCGAGUCUACAAAGCCUGCAAACCCGGAGGAGCUGUGUUGCUGGUGGAAGCACUGCUCCAUGAGGACGGCUCUGGCCCGCUAACUGUGCAGCUCUACUCUCUGAACAUGCUGGUACAGACUGAAGGCAGAGAGAGGACAGCUGCUCAGUACGCUGCUCUGCUGGCUGCUUCUGGUUUCACUAACAUCCAGCACCGCCUCACCGGGAAGAUCUACGACGCUGUGCUUGGACACAAAGAGACAGGAGACUGAUA